GCAGCAUAGCUUACUAAACAGAUAAUAAUUAACUCAUUAAACACGAAUACCUGGGUGGAUUUAACGGAUAAAGGGUCUGAAAUUUUGGAAAAGACUGCUUUCUUCACCCGGAGUGAAAUUCAGCCAGUUCAGAUACAAUACAAAGACAUUAUUAUAGUGCAAAUUUUAUUAUUGAGUGUAGUUUAUUCGACAUACUGAAAGGACGCGGAAAAGUUUUCAGCGCGAUCUUGCGACAAGGAGACUCCGUUUUCACGGUGUUUCGCGUCCAAACGAGGCUUUAACUUGUUGCGUAGUCUCUGGAUAUCAUGUAUGUCCCGUCAUCUCCACCGUAAUCAAGUUAGCAUGCAUGGGAGCUGACGUUUGCAAGGCAAGUUCUUUCUGCGGGAGUGAAACCAGUGUUUGAGGACAGAACGAGAUGAUCAAUAUUAAAACACAGCCUUUACGGGGCAAAAUACUUCUAUAACUGUUGGUCUGCAGGUGUAUCAUACAAAAUUGCUACUCUGCACAGAAACGUAGCUCGGUAGUCUACCGUUACGCGAUUACGCAAUAUUCAUGUACACGAUUUAAUCGUUUUGCUGUUGUGCCUAUUGCGCCUGUCCUCUGUAAGUAUUGUUCUAACGGUUUGUCUAUUAUUAAGUAACUUAAAAAAAUUUUUUUACAAUGAAUUAUGGCACAAAUGUAAGACCAUACCUCCGUGAGGCCAAGUGUUCAGAAGUGAAUUAUGGUUUUCACACUUUUGGCAAUUUGGCCGUUUUCUGGGUGAUUGUAUGCUGUUAAACAGUGUUUCAUUUGACCUCAUGCCUCAACUGUGUUCUGUAUGGUGAGAGUUUUAUGUGUCGGUGCAGAUGGGACAAGCUGCAGUACAUGUCUGCACUGGGAUCAGAAAAGAUCAGGCUCCUUCUGCGUACAGUAAAUAUUUGCGCGCAUUCUCUGUGUAUUCAGUAUCACGUGUUCUAUUUGGCACCGUGCAUAUUGGCAUUGCAGGACGAGCGGGCCGACGCAUUUUGUAUCAUUACUCAUUUAAUGAGUGCACAAGUCAGUUGGAACAUCUGAAUGUCACAAGAGUUUUGUGAACCCUGGAAAACACCCCCUGGGCUCGAGCCUGCUUUCCUUGCCUCCCCCUCCCUCGUUCCUGCCCACAGCGCCUGGGGGGGUUUGUGUCUGUUCCUGGCCGCACUGUAAACUCUUUGUUGAUCCUAAGAGCCUGCCACAGUUAGCCACACUUAUGCUUGACUGGAGAAGGUCCCACUUCAGGAAUUCCUCUGCAUUAUGUCUCCUACAAGUGAGCAGCGGCUGGAUUCAAAACAAAACCUUUAGGGAAACAAAACAAAACCUUUUAGGACCUUUGCAGGAUUGUUUGCGGGAUUGUUCUAUAUACCCAUGUCAUCCUUCUCCGCUCGCUGUUUUGUUUGGAAACGGGAAAUUCAGGCCGCCUCCCAGAUCGGCUCAUUAAUAACUUGUGAGGGGCCCCGUGAUGGAGGCCCUGAAACCGGAGACCCAGAAACCCGAGCCGCGCGGAGGAGCCGGCUACGAGGCAGCCAGGCGGCUAGGCGCAGCGUCCGCGGCGACGGGACCGGGGCACGAGCGCCGCGCGGAUCUCCUGACGUCCCGCGGAUCACUGGGCUACGGCGGCGGGGACUGGACAGAGGUGGGGGGGCAGCAGAAUCGGGAAAAGGCGCAAAGCGGCUUGUGGCGGGUCCCCAUCCAGGACGGUGAGGUGCCGGGUGUCGAGGGGAGGACGUCGUCCGGGCCCGCCGCGCCGGACGAGGACAUUAUCGCUGACUCAGCACCGGCGCUCGUAGAGGCCCCCGCUCCUGACCCCCCGUCUGGGGGUGCCCCGGGGUGCGGCGAGGGUCCACUGGGGAGCUGGGGCACCGCCCGUCUCAGGUGUACCCCCGGGAGGGAACAGGCGCGACUCUGCGAACUGGGCGCCGUUAAAAACGGCUGGCUGCCCCUUCACAAGAGGGCACUGCUGUUUGGCGUCCCCCUGCAUGUGCGCAGCACCGAAGACCCUCCCCACCAGGAAAAAAUGAAGGCUUACAUUGCUGCUACCACCCCCAGAGGGUACACAAAGAAGUUGACUGGAAAUGGUCACAUAGAUGGAAAUCGGGUAGAAAAAUGUGCUCAAUCCCUGGGCAUCAGGCCAUUGGAGAGUCCCAGCCAUCCAAACACAAACCAGACACCGAGGUGCUGGAACGCGUCGGACCGGGACGGGGAGAGGAACAUGUACGAGGAGAAGAGGACGCGUUGGCCCCCGCGCUCCGGUUUCGUCCAAUCGAACGGCUCGCACGCGGACGGGGGUGUAGCCCACCCCCGGGGUUCCCCGCUGCACAGGACCGCGAGCGCCCCGUGCCCCGAGGACUCCGACCCCAAAAAUCCGCCCAAAACGAACUCGAGCUUCUCCUCCAUCACCAUCACCGCCCGGAGGGUCCCUCAGCCUGCCAGCGUGCCCUGCCGGGACGGCCCGGAUCCAGGCCGCCUGACCCAGGCCUGGGGCUCUGUAACCAAGGCUCGGGGUCCCCUGGCCCAGGCCUGGGGCUCUAUAAGCCAGACCCAGGGUCCCCUAGCCCAGACCUGGAGCUCUGUAAGCCAGGCCCGGGUCCAGGCCGAUGGCACCGUGACCCAGGCUCCUGAGGCACACCCCACCCCGGCCGGGAGCUCCACCCCCACUCCCGCCCCCACCCCACUGCGUGCUGUUGCCAGCGGUGACCACGAGCCGGUUGUGCUCCGGAAGAAGCCGGUGAUCCUGAAAGUGACGGAAUGCCAGCAGGCCUACCGCGAGGGGGAGGGGCCCGCUGCGACCAGGCCCCCGGAGUUCCGGCACAGCUACAGCGAGGGCGACCUUAAGCGGGACGCCACCUCCGGGUCCCGGGGCCGACCGCGGGACCCCAGUCGGGACGUCCCGGCCGGCAGAACCAGCAGCUCCGUCCUGUACCUGGAUAAGUCCCUGUCCCUUUCCCUGGAGGAGCCGGAGGACAGGAGACAGGUGCACAGGUCCACCCUGUCCCUCUACCUGAGCAGGACCGCCCCCCCGGCCCCCGAGGAGGGGUCGACCGGGCCCCGGCGGGCCCCGAGCUGCUCCGGACUGUUUGGGCGCCCGGACCCCGCCCCUCCGGCUGAGCUCAGCGCCCCCGCCCUGAAGCGAUGGAACCUGUGGCCUCCUGGGAAAUCGGAGCCCGGAACAGCAAGCGACGGGCCCCCCGAAUCGAACACCCGCACCGGGUCCUCGCCGCCGCUCGGAGAUGCGCGGCAGACACGGGCGGGGACCGCGGGGAACGGCGGGAAGCCGGGGGACGAGGUCCGUCCCCGCCCGGGAGAUUUCGAGAUGCGGCUUCCCGUUUUCAGUCAGCCACGCGAGCGCGUAGCGCACAAAGGCCUCAGCGUGGUCUUCGCCCGCAGCCCCGAUCCGGUUACAGCCGAUUUGAAGCAGCAGAGGAGAGGCACGCCGAGAAGCUCCGCCCCGCCGGCUUCAAAGGCCCCCCCUGACUCCGGCACGGCACAGGGGGAGGAUUCUGGGAAGAGCCUGCACAUUGAGGGCGUGGUCCAGAGGGGUCCUCGGAGGGCGGUUUAUGAAAAUGGACCCCCCAGGCCUUCCAGCUGGACGGGAUCCUUCCCAACAUCACAGAUCAGCACAUCAAAUUCCCUCACUCUCAGAGAAGCUCUGGAGCUCUACCGCCCGGACUUCAUCAGUCGCUCUCAGGGACGGGUGAAGGAGCUGGAGGAACGGGCGCAGAGACGGAGGGCAGGUCAGGGCUCGGACACGGCCCUGGAGACAGGGCGGGGCCGCCGGAGGAGGAACUGCACCACUCCUCACCCCCUCAGUGAUAACCUCUUCAGACCGAGGGAGAGGAGCAUUUCCCGGAAAGACAUGCAGCUCCGGUCCAAGCGGAUUUACGACAAGCUGCCUGAAGUCACGAGGAAGAAGGAGGAAGAGAAGAGGAGGGUCCUGUUUCAGACCAACCGACUGCGGGCGGAGAUUUUUAAAAAGAAACUUCUGGAUCAGAUUCUUCAGAGGAACGGUGACUGAGAGAUAGCAGCACGAGCUCCGCGUGGCGCGUGGAGGGGAACCGAGGAGACGGAACUCACAGCUGUGCUCUUUCAGUCGUCACGGACUCCGGGGUAUUCAUGCAAACGGAAUACGCGAUCGCAGACGAACAAUUCACGGUUUCCUUUUGAGAGUUCAGCUGGUGCAUCAAUUAUUCAACGCAGCAUGGACAGCGUGAUACACAGCUCUAGUGUAAAGCGUUUUUAUUAUCGGGCUUAAAUUAAUUAGGAAAUAUAUCUCAACGUUCCUUAUAGAUUAAUUUGAUAUUUAUGAAAGACAAUGGUGUUGGCCAAAAGGAAGGGUAUUGUUGAAGAGGCUUUAUACAUCCGAGAUAUUACUUCAGUGGAACAUUUGAGGUCGCUCCGUGUUUCUGUUUGAAUGAGACGGCUGUAGUUCGAGGAUGGUUGUGAGCACAGCAGGGCUCACAUCUCGGUCUUUACCUUGGACUUCCCGCUCCGACAGAGUGUGGGUAGAUUUGCCUCGCGUGCGUGUCCUCACCAGCGUGUUUGAUUGUCUGCACCCUCCAGCAAGGUGCACCAGAGCCAAAACCAGGUCAAUUUGGUUCCAGCCCCGUGGCGAACUGUGAUGCUCUCUACAAGGAUCAAACAUAGUCUUGCUUGAAAGUCGGUCAUCUCCAAGUUUCACGCACUUUUAAAACUAAAACAAAACUUGAUACUUGAUUGAUGCAGUAUUUCAGACCUAUAGAUCUUGAGAAGCUUUUUGGUUCAGUUUAAAUACUUUUGGUAUGAAGCACCAAGCAAUAUAUUUUACUGGUAGUGUUUUAUAUGUAAAAUAAAUUGCUGUAGUUGCUUCUGUAGUACGUUUAAGACUACCCUGUGAUUUUUAUGCUCUCCACUCUUAUUUAUGAACAUCACUGCCUAUGAAAUAAACAAAUUCCAAACAGAUUAUUUUUGGUAAAGCUCUUAACAAUUAAGCAGCAUUUUGCAUAGGCCUACUCUUGGUGUACUGUGAAAUUUCACAUUUCAAAUUUGACAUUAAAUGCAAAACUGGUA